UGGAAGUGGUGCCGCCGCCGCCCUCCCUGCCGCCCGCCCGCCAGCCGCCCGCGCGUCCGACGCGGGGGUCGCCGCCGUGUCUGCGUUCGCCAUGCGUCCCCGGGCGCCGGGGCCACUCUGGCCACUGCCCUGGGGGGCCCUGGCGUGGGCCGUAGGCUUCGUGGGCUCCAUGGGUUCGGGGGACCCCGCGCCGGGUGGUGUCUGCUGGCUCCAGCAGGGCCGAGAGGCCACCUGCAGCCUGGUGCUGAAGACUGAUGUGAGCCAGGCUGAGUGCUGUGCCUCUGGCAACAUCGACACCGCCUGGUCCAAUUUCACCCACCCGGGGAACAAGAUCAGCCUCCUGGGCUUCCUAGGCCUCGUCCACUGCCUCCCCUGCAAAGAUUCGUGCGAGGGCGUGGAGUGCGGCCCCGGCAAGGCCUGCCGCAUGCUGGGGGGCCGUCCGCGCUGCGAGUGCGCGCCCGAUUGCACCGGGCUCCCGGCGCGCCUGCAGGUCUGCGGCUCUGACGGCGCCACCUACCGCGACGAGUGCGAGCUGCGCGCCGCGCGCUGUCGCGGCCACCCGGACCUGCGCGUGAUGUACCGGGGUCGCUGCCGCAAAUCUUGCGCCCACGUGGUUUGCCUGCGGCCACAGUCGUGUGUGGUGGACCAGACUGGCAGCGCGCACUGCGUGGUGUGUCGCUCUGCGCCCUGCCCCGCACCAUCCAGCCCCGGCCAGGAACUCUGUGGCAACAACAACGUCACCUACCUAUCCUCCUGCCAUCUCCGCCAGGCCACCUGCUUCCUGGGCCGCUCCAUCGGCGUGCGCCACCCGGGCAGCUGUGCAGGCACCCCCGAGCCGUUAGAUCCUGAGUCCGAGGAGGAGGAGGAGAACUUUGUGUGAGCCUGCGGGACCGGCCUGGGCCUGGCGUUCAAGGCUUCCCCAUUUUAUUUAUUGCCACAGCAGAGUCUAUUUAUGUCCAACGGACACUCCCCAGAACCUGGACAGGGACCACUGUGGGAGCCCUGGUGCCCCUCGACGAUAUCUUGGAAGGACUGGGGAAAAGAAGCCUGGGAGCAGGGCUGGUGGGUAGGGGCCCAGCCCCCCCAGCCCCCACCCCAGGUACCCUAUUGCCCAGGAGGACCUCAAACUUAUGGUCCCUUGGGGAUCACUCUGAUGAUUGUCGCUGCCACCAAGAGGUCUAGGGAUUUCCUGCCAGCAAUUAAUGAGGAGGUACCCUGGCCUUCUAGAACAGGGACCAGGGGUGAGAGGGGGUUCACAGCCUGGGUGUGAAUAGAUGAGCUUCAGAACAUGCCCAGACUGCAGACAGAUCAAGGAAGCAACCACUGUCCGCCACCAAUCCCAGGGUGACCAAGGGACUUACCUUCCCCCUGCUUCACCCAUUUCCCAGCAUGUCCCUGGAGGAUGGGGGUGCCAUCUGUGCCUCCUGACACAGGCCUUGGGUAUGGAGAGGCAUCUGCUAGAACAAAGCAGGCGCCAUGUUGGGUGGGAGGGACCCGGUGGGGCCUGUGAGGCCCUGCUCAACCACUGGCCCAGGGUGGGGCGUAUAUGCCAAGACCUGCUGCACACCUGGCAUCCUGGAGCUGUGUGUCUGAGGGGCACCCCGGUACCUGCUACCCCAUCCACAGGUGGCGUUCCCUGUGUCUUGCCCUGGCCUCUAGGCCCAGUUCCCAGCUGAACCCUCCUUGCUUGCCAGCUGGGUUUCCUCCUGCCAGCUGGGUUUCCUCCUGCCACCUGGACUGUUGCUCUGUGUCACCUCCCCAUGCCCAUCUGUAGACCAGAGGUGCAGACCCAGAGUGGAAGGGGCGUCCAGCGGGGCAGGAGCACAGCUCCCCAAGGCAGUGGUGCUCAUCCAUGUCCUUCCCUGCCUCCAGGAAGUGCCUUACCUGUGACACCCAAAAAAGUGCCCUUUAGUAAUGGGUUCGCCCAAGCCUGCCAACAGGGCAAUCUCCCCCGCCCUGGGGUCCUGCCUCACCUGCCAAAGAAAUAAACACUGAAAAACAC